CGCGAUCGUCCCGGACGCAGUUUACACACUCGAGUACCGCCGGUAACGUCUAAAUAGUUCUUACUUAUACCUUGGCACACUUUCAUCCCUAACGGCACCGUGCAAUCAUCCCUGGGUUGCAGAAUAAGACAGCAUCUGCGCACCCCAACUGCGACGAGGCAAAUAUUUGAUUCUUGCAUUUGCAUCGCGAUGCGUAUCUCCGCGAAGCACCGAUACUGGGAUAAGUGCAAGGAGCAGAAUCAACUGGGUCAUGUUUUCCACCUUGAUUUAAGGUUACAGCAGUACCCGAUGAUUGAAAACCGGACCGGGCCACAGACGAUCGAGUUUCUGUCGAAGAGGAUCCUCGCCCUCGGAGCCGUGCAGGCGGGACAGUUCCUGGUGGAUUGCGAGACGUACAUGUCGGUGCCGCAGCUUGGCAUCCAAAGGACCGUGCACGUGCUGCACAAUUCCGAGCAACCAGCUUCGGUUUUCGCGAUCCUCGAGUCCGGCAACAAGGUGGUACCAUUGAUAGCAGACGGCCUGUUCGAUCUGCUGAUGUUGAAGAUGCCGACCAUCUACACCAGUAAGAAGCAGACGAAGAUCGAGUCGAAGGGGCCGCGGUUCGAGAUCGGCGACUUCUGCGUGAAAUUGGGCAGCGUGACGAUGAGCCAGAAUUUCAAAGGCGUCCUGGUGGAGGUCGAGUACAGACCGUGCGUGGUGCCGGGAAGCGCGUGGGAAUUGAUACGCGAGUUCCUGCAGGGAUUCCUGGGCUCGACCGUGUCGAAUCAGGCGCCCCAAUACCUCCAGAACCGAAUGAACGACAUUUAUCAGCCGUUGGACACGAUACACCAAUAUCUGGAGCACUUCGGCCAGUACAGGAAAGCCACGGGGGUGAUUUAAACGAGCAGCCGCGACGACGACGCUGUGACGGCCGUCCGGGCCGUUGGGACAUUAUUUAUUUUACUGCGACAUUAACGGAAAAAUCGAUCCGAGGCGAGCAAUCUCAAAGAGAUAGCUGAUUGGCCGAGUGCGUCGAUAUUUGUUACAUUAGAGUCCAGUUCGUAAUAUCGUUACCCCUCGGUGCACUGUCCGUUCGUUUUUAUUCCACUGUCGAAUGGAAUUUACGCGCAGCAGUGUUUCCCAGCAGAACAAUAUCGGAGCUACAAUCCGUGCGCAAAACCGAAGAAUCUGCUCCCGGAGCUAUCCGAAAUAUAAAAGUUCGUCAAAAAUUUUCAUAGUUUUGCAACCCAAUGUAAUUUAUACCUUUUCGCGAUCGUGUGUUCCACUGAAGGAGAAAAUGCCACAUUCAAGUGAAUAUUUCCUAAGGAGUGUAUAUUGGAGUAAUUAUUUUACUUGCUUUAAGUAAUAUUACUGACCUUUAUUUUCAAUGCAACUCAAUAUUGGACUAAAAAAAUCUUUAUGUCUCAAUAGUACAGACAAUAGUAAGUUAAAUAACUUAUGCCGCUAUGUUUCUAAGAUAUAAGUAGAAUUGCUGAUAUAAGGCUAUCUUAUAGCUUCCUUACAGCACAAAUAAUCAUAGUAAUUUCGUAUACUCGAGAGAAUUGACAUCAUUAUAUACUCAGAAAUAUUACUUGAUUGUAGCACACUGAAAGAAAAAAGUGUUACACGUCCACAAAUAAUAUUUACUUUAACCAAGUAUAAAUAAUUACUCCAAUACUCCUCGGCAAAUAUUCACUCGAAUGUAGCACUUUUUUCCUUGAGCGUAUUUUUGAAGCAACUGUUUCCUGCAGCUCUUCAACGCGAUCUUUAUUUUUUAAUAUGAAUUUCAGACAAUCCAUGAGUAAGGAAAAUAAGUUCUGCCUUACGGGGGAUCUGUAAUCUUCCGCGACAUUUUUGUCGAAGUUACGUCUUCUACCUGGUUUUCGUGCGCAUUUUAUCUUGGAGCGCCUCUUUGCCGACAAUACUGGCAGGGUUUACGUAAUACAGCACGAUGUAUUGUCUGAAAAAUAAACGUACCAUCGAGGAAAUCCGAUAGCAACUAUCCGAACGACCGUGCGUAAUCGAUAAUGAACCGUCAUUGUGAGCCGCCGUAAUUACCUAUUAUUUGUAACGCGUUGCUUCUCACGCUCGUUAUUCGCCGUGAGCUUCACCGUGUAGCUGCGUUUAUAAUGGGACGGGUUUUUGUCGGUGGAAGUAAACGCGACGGGGAUCCCAUCUCGCUCGCCGGGUAAAACGAGUGAUUCGAUAUUUUCCGACACGCGGCCGAUGCAUCGUCAUCUUUCGAAAUUGUAUGUGUGUGUAUGGGUGCUUACAUGCUUGUGUAAUUGAUACAUACACAUUCACAGCCAUGAUGACCCUGCUUUAGACGUCGUAUAUUUAUAUAUAGAUUAAGCUUUGAGGAUAUUUAGAUUAUUUUAAAAAAUUGCGUGUUGUUAGGAACUAAUGUAUAUAAUGAUGUAAAUUCUCUCGAGUAUACGAAAUUACUAUGAUUAUUUGUGCUGUAAGGAAGCUAUAAGAUAGCCUUACAUCAGCAAUUCUACUUAUAUCUUAGAAACAUAUAGCGGCAUAAGUUAUUUAAC